AUGAAGAUUGUUGCCGAUUGGCGGAAUAGGCCUGCUCCGAUCAGGUUUCUGACCAAAAUGGAUAAGGAGAAAAUUGAAGAAUUGAAAAUCCAAAUGCAGAAAUGGUUGAACGACGCCCAAGAAUUUAUUCAGAAAGUUCCGCCAAUUCAGCUUUAUGCCGCAAUUGGAGUAGUCUUGGUCACAACAUUUUUCUUCAUUAUUAUUCGAUUAUUCAAGCGUAAGUCAGCUAACACCAUUGUGUUAACUGGGCUUAGUGGAAGUGGAAAAACUGUUCUCUUUUACCAGCUUCGAGAUGGCUCCUCUCAUCAGGGUACUGUGACAUCAAUGGAACCAAAUGAAGGUACUUUUGUGCUACACUCCGAAACAGCAAAGAAGGGGAAAGUAAAGCCUGUUCAUCUCGUUGAUGUUCCUGGGCAUUCCCGUCUUCGAACCAAACUAGAUGACUUCUUGCCUCAAGCGGCGGCAAUUGUUUUUGUGGUGGAUGCUGUGGAAUUUUUACCAAAUUGCCGUGCUGCUUCAGAGUACCUCUAUGAUAUUUUGACCAAGGCAAAUGUAGUGAAGAAAAAGAUUCCAAUAUUACUCCUUUGCAACAAGGUGGACAAAAUUACUGCACAUACAAAGGAUUUUAUCAGAAAACAGCUGGAGAAGGAAAUUGACAAGCUUCGUGCAUCAAGAACUGCACUGUCUUCAGCAGACAUUGCUAAUGAAUACACACUCGGGGUACCUGGAGAAGCCUUUGCAUUUUCUCAGUGCCAUAACAAAGUGACAGUUGCAGAAGCAUCUGGUUUGACUGGCGAUAUACCUCAGUUGGAGGAAUUUAUCAGGGAACAUGUAAAGCCAUGA